GACCUCGGCCCGGAAUGCCCCUCGGCUCGCCCCGGGCUCACGUCCCGAUCCCGGCUUGAGUGGCCCGGGGUGGGUGACCUGAAGUUGUAGCCUCGCUGCUCUCGAGGCGGAUAAUUAGCCCAAGAAACACUAUAUUCAUUUUUCUGGAUAUGCCGCAGAAGGACCCGUGCCAGAAACAAGCCUGUGAAAUACAGAAAUGUUUACAAGCCAACAACUACAUGGAAUCUAAGUGUCAGGCUGUCAUCCAAGAACUGCGUAAGUGUUGUGCUCGAUAUCCCAAGGGAAGAUCUCUCGUCUGUUCAGGAUUUGAGAAAGAAGAGGAAGAAAAGCUGACGCUGAAGCCCACAUGACAGUAAAGUUCUGCUGAGAAGCAAACUGCUGCCCCACAUUUCCACCACGCGGGUUUUAUCUAUCCUCCUGACUCUUUCUUCAGGCCAGGUAGCAGCAAAUAUCAAAUGAAAAAGUCAACUAUAAAAGUUAAUAUGCCAUCUAUGCAGAACAAAUAUAAAUAUAUUAAACAAAUAAGUAGAAUGUGAUAAAACUGAGCUGCUAAAAUAAACCUUUUAAGUGAAAA